AUGGUGGUUGGUGGGAUGCUACACUGGGUUCUCCUUUUAAAGCAACCUCAUAAAGAGAGAGAAUCAAGGGAUUGUGUUGUGGCAUCAAACCAGCUUUCUGAAAUUGUGACAGAAAAUCAAAGGCAAGCAGUCAUAAUCUUGGCAAAAGGUACACUUUCUGAAGUUGAAGGAUGGGAAUGUAAUGGUGUUGACAAAUCUUGCAAGCCUGGAAUGGAUGACGUGGGUGCUACUUUGGAAAAAACUGAGAUUGAUUAUUGA